AGCAACAAAAGGAAACUGAUGGAGUGGCAUAGCGUGGCGGACGCAGUCAAGAGUGCUGGGGCAGAAAAUCGUACUGUGGCCGAAUUAAAAAAGAAGUGGUCAGACAUUAAAGUUGCCGUGAAAAGGAGAGUCGCAGCUCAUCGUCUGCAUGUUCGCUCCACUCGAGGAGGUACUGAACUCCCGGAGCUCACACUGUUUGAGCAGCGAGUUGCAGCAAUUAUUGGCGACACACUCAUUGUGAGCAUUUUACCUGCGGGUGAGGGAGAUUCUGACAUCACCGCAGGUGCCGACAAUAGUACAAAAGCUGACCCAAAUGAGGAGGACGUGGUUCCGGGCUAUGAUGGUGCUGCUUCUGUGUCGACCACAUCUUCGGGCGCUGGCUGCUCACACACCCCUGCCUCAGAAACUGGUGGGCGAUCAUCUGGCCGUGUGCUAACUGAUGCAGUCCUAGAAUCUCAAAAUGCAUUGGUGGAUGCGGUGAGAGAUGUGGCCAAUGAACUAAGAAAUAUCAAGGCCGUAUUGUAUGACAUUAGCGAAAAAUUAACUGAUUUGGUGAAAAAAUAAAUGAUGCAUCUGCUUACCUGUUUUUACAUUCGGUUAAUUACAUUCAUUCGACAUUGUA